UGAGGGGUUUCUGCCCCUCUUUGCUCUCCCGCACACUGAGGUAAGAUAUUUGGGGAGCUGAAGUAACACAGAGCUCCGUGGACCAGUCUUUCUGAGAAGGCAACCCGACCAGAAGAACUACUUUCUGAAACCUUUCUUUCAAAGCUGCUUAAUGUUGUGUAAUCGUACACACGGGAUGCCUCGUGGGGACUUCAACGUUUAUUUUGCCAGCAGCAGACGGGGAAAUGUCAGAGCUGAGGAGGCAGUGGGCAUAGCUCUGCUGGUUGUCAUUCUUGCAGCACUCCUUAUCCUGGGCUGUUGGUACUUCAAGAAGAGGAGUGGCUACAAAAUAAUCAGAAGCCCCAGAUCAGGUUCACCAGGUUACACAGGAAGCCAGUACUCGGAAGCAGGUGCUCCAGCAGAAAACAAGAUGGCUCUUACUGAUUUUGGAAGCUUCCGAUCUGUGGUUCCUAAUGCACCUCCGGCCUACGAGAAGAUUUCCUCAGGGCCACUGCCUCCUCCCUAUUCCCCCUGAAAAACUGUGGCUGAAGAUGGAAGAGCAAAGGAAAACACUGGAGAACAACUCCAAACUCGCCUUGCUGUCUGAAAAUAUAUAAUCUGAUGUCCCUAGCAAUAUGCUUUGUAGCGAAAUAUAGGUGAAACUACUGUAUCUACCACUUUGUAGAAUUAUUCACACGGAUUAACACAAUUGAUAUAAUGUAGCUUGUUUCAAUAAACAAUAACACAUUAUUGCACAAUUCUGAGGAUAAUGAAGCAGACACUUGUUUGGGACAGUUGCAUUGUUUAUUUCCAUGCAGUAUCGUCCACAAUUGUUCAAUGAAAAUGUACCUAGUAAAUAUUUUUUGAAAAAUCUAUAUGGUAAAAAUAAAUAAAUGCAAAUUCAAAA